CUCAGACAUAAUUGAGCGGCUGAUGUGUUUUUCGUGCUGAAGUGAAAAACCGCGAACGGAUGUGAGGAAAAGAGCGCCUGGAGAGAGAGAGAGAGAGAGAGAGAGAGAGAGAGAGACUCAACCCCUUUUUUUCUUCUUUCAAUCGUUCUGUUUCUUUUUUGUUUGGGUUAACAAUAGAGCAAGCGCGCCCGAGAGAGAGAGAGAGAGAGAGAGAGAGAGAGAGAGAGAGAGAGAGAGAGAGAGAGAGAGACUGACUCGUAGACGCUGAACCUGUUUUCAUGCCUUCAGUGGAGCGGAGCGGGCGAUGGAUGUGAGAUUUUAUCCUGCACCCCCUUCGAGCGUGGGCUCCUGCACGUUAUCCACCGACUCCAGCCUCGCCUCUCUGGACUAUUACCACUGCAACAAGAACAGAUACAGUGUAGGAGAUCGUGCUAGGCUGUACAGCGGUUUGCCCGUGAGGCCCAACCCUGACGGGAAAAGACUGCCCUCUUCAGGGUUUGAUGGUGAAAACAUGUACAUGAAUGAAAAUAACCAAGAGUUCCUUUCCCCAAGUCAGCAGAACUACUCUGGGCAGGGAGGAGGCAGUGGGAACGGAGGAGGUGGUGGCGACGAGGAUUAUGAGAUUCCUCCUAUAACUCCACCAAACCACCCCGAGCCUCCACUUCUGCAUCUGAUGGAUCCAGAGUCCAGCUAUUUGUGUCACUCCCUGCCCCAUAAUGGCCUGAUCAACCCGUACUCAUACCCCGAGCUGCCCGCACUCAUGAUGUCCAACAUGCUUGGACAGGACGGUCACCUGCUCUCAAGCCAAAUGCCAUCGAUGCAGGCUCUGGCCGGGUCAGACAGCGGGCACUACCCCCGUGCCCACCAUGCCCCCAAGCUAAACACUCCUCCUUCGAUACUGCCCCAUCCCAUGAGCGCUCUCUCCCAACUCAGCUCUCGGAUUGGCUCCUUUACCUACGCUUCCCCUUCGUCCGUGGGAAGUCAGUCAGCCACGCCCUCCCCUUCGAACUCCACCCAGGAAGAGGAAGCAGAUUACCACGCAAAGAUCACAGGGGAGAAAAGACCCUCCUCAGACAUGAUGAAGCCCAAACCCAAACCUCAGAAAAAGAAGAAGAAGAAGGAUCCCAAUGAGCCUCAGAAGCCCGUCUCAGCCUACGCCCUCUUCUUCCGGGACACUCAGGCGGCCAUUAAAGGGCAGAACCCCAAUGCGACGUUUGGAGAUGUCUCUAAGAUUGUGGCUUCUAUGUGGGACAGUUUGGGAGAGGAGCAGAAACAGGGGUAUAAGAGAAAAACAGAAGCGGCUAAGAAGGAGUACCUGAAGGCCCUGGCAGCGUACCGAGCCAGCCUGGUUUCCAAGACCUACAAUGACCCAGUGGAGAAUAAAAGUGCCCAGUCGAGCCAGCCCUCAUCCCACAUGAUGCCCCCUAACCCCCCGCUGUACAGUGUGCCCCCUCAGCCUUCCUCUCCUUAUUUGGGUCCGAGUCCCUUCCCUCUAUCUGACCUACAGAGUUACGCGGCGUCCGGAGCUCCUCGGCACGCGCUGCCCCGCUCGGCCAUGCUGCCCGCACUCAGUGCCUCCCCUCCGGCUUCAUUCCAAAUCAGCCCCCCUCUCCACCAGCAGCUCUCCCUGCACCAGGGCUCUCUCCUUAAUCAGCCAAUCCGCAUGCAGCAGGUCCAGUCACAGCCAAUCAUCUCUCACCAGAUGGGCCUCCAGGCCUCACUCCAUUCCCCGGCCCCAGGCCAGCAGGGCUUCUCUCACUUACAGUCAGAAUAUCAGAAGACUGUGGGAGGCUCUCAGUCUCCUGGAGCUCCAAACCCAGUGGGACAGAACCCUGACUGGGACAGUGAGUACUGCAAUCGGGAGUGUGGAGGAAACCACUGCAGUGGCAGCAUGAUAGGCAGGGACAAGCCACUCUACCUCACUUGAAGUGAAUGGAGAAGAAACAAAAAGACGAUGUGUGACAAAAAAAAAGUGAUGAAACAACACCAGGGAGUACCCUACACCUCUCCACCCUUUCCCCCGUCACCUUCUGUUUUUACUCAGUGUCAUUUUCAUUCAUUUUUAGAAGGAUGUGUACGCGUGUUCUGAAGACUACUAGUGAUCCUCUCAUUUUUUGCCAAGCACUUAAAAUGUACAGGCCUCCCACUGGAGACCUUCCAGAGCACUCUUACUUUCUCUGAAUUAAAAAAAAACAAAAAAAACCUUAGAUAUAUUAAAGGAAAAAAUAAACAAACUACCAUAAAACUGGCCCUCAGGGCAAACAAGCUUUAAUUAAAAUAGAGGAAAGCUUUCCUCUUCUUGAUUACUUUCUCAUGCCCUUGUUUUGUUCUUUUAUUUAUUUUUUUGCUUGCUACAUUAUUUUGUUUUUGCCAAUAACAGGUCCUGUACUGUAGAGAAAUACUCUUAUGAUGAAGUCAUUAAAGACCAACAUCUUACUGUAGGUCCAUCUGAUGCUCUGUGAAUUUUGAAAAGAUAUUAGUAAGGUCAGAAAAGAAAAGAGAAAAAAAAGAAACAGGUGAAUAGAUAAAUACAUUUAACAACUUUUUUUUUUUGUUUUGUUUUUGUUUUUGUAACUUUAAAGACC